AUGUCGUCUGGUACCAACGUUUUUUCAAAACCUUGGGUGCGAGUUGUGGCUUUGUCUAUUGUUGUAUCAAUUUGUAUACAGACAUUACCGAUUCUGGUGCAACGAAUUGUGAUUUCGCAGUAUUUAAUUUGUAAUUUGCAAUUUUCACCCGAGUUUAUCAAACAAGCUGAUUAUUGUUCAGCUCAUUUUUCCCGUAAACGUUAUGUCGGCACAACCGAAUUAGGUUAUUUUGUUGACCCUUUAUCUGUGGAGCCGCGGUAUUUUGAAGAGGUUGAAAGAGCGGUUGCUGGUACAAUCCAAGCAAAUGUUAUUCAAUGGGGUUGGGAAACUGAGAAGGAAGCAUUUGCAGCUUUAAAAGCUGCGAUUCAAUCGAGAACACAAGGAAAUAUGGAAAAGGCAGAACUCAUUAUUCAGCAUGCGCUUGCGCUGGCUCCUCAUCAUCCAGAUAUCCUAACCGAAUAUGGUUUAGUGGUUGAAAUGGGACGGAAAAAUGUGGUCGAAGCGGAAGAGUUAUAUUCACGGGCAUUGAGCUACAAUCCUCAUCAUCCUGAAGCGUUAAUAAGACGAGCAAGGACUUUACCCAUAGUGGAAGAAAUUGAUAGAGAAAUGUUGAAGAAACUUCACGAGAAGCCAAUCGAAGGCAAUACUAUGUCGCUUGGUCAGACAAGGUCCAUAUUAGAAACAAGGAUGGCAGUGGCUGGUAAAAGUAUUAUGGAGCAUAACGAGAUUUUGGGGAUGGACGCUGCGUUGAAAUUCAUCAACCAAAGCGUUGCAUACGUCUCGUAUUUUACUCUUCAGGAUAUCUUGGACAUUCAUAGUCAUGUUCUUGGUUUUGUCGAUCCGGAAGUAGCAGGUGUAUUUCGCAAAAGUCAAGUGUUUGUGAGCAGUUUCACACCCGUUCCGGCAAACAUGGUACCAGGAGAAAUGGAGGAAAUGGUGAAAUGGUUGAAUGAGGAUGACAGUUUAUUGCUGGAUCCAAUAGAACGUGCCGCUAUUGCUCAUUAUAAGCUGGUUUCGAUACAUCCAUUCAUUGAUGGUAACGGUCGUACUGCACGAUUGUUAAUGAAUCUGAUUUUGAUGCAGAGCGGUUUUCCGCCAGUUAUAAUACCAGUUGAGGCCCGUUCUGAUUAUUAUGAUACUCUCAAUGCCGCGAACCGUGGAAAUCUUCGUCCGUUUAUUCGCUUUAUUGCACGUCAAACAGAUGCCACCUUGCAAUUAUAUAUUAAUUCUGCAACUACAUGUGAUUAUCGAGAAGAAUCUGGUGAGUGUAGUAUAUCAACAGCUCCUAAAAUCUCUGCACAACAGGAAGAAACAUGGUGA